ACCCAAGCUGAACAAUCACUGGACAUCUCAUACGCCAAUCAACAAACACACACACACCGUUACCAACCACCUGACAUUGGACAGCCAAAAAAAGAACCGCCAAAAUGUUCCGCCACACCCACGGCUACAAAUCCCACUCCCUCCAACUGGAGCUCGCCCACCGCCCCACGGGCCCCAUCAUCCCCGGCCACACCUUCCGCGUCAGCGCCGUCCCGGCCCCCGUCCCCUCCGACCUCAACGAAGGCGACCUCCUCCUCGAGACUCUGUACAUCUCGCUAGACCCGGCCAUGCGCGGCUGGCUCGACGACGUGCGCUCCUACGUGCCGCCCGUGCAAAUCGGCGAAGUGAUGCGCGCCAUGUGCAUCUGCCGCGUUUUGGCUUCCCGCAGUCCCAAAGCCGCGGCGGGCGACGUGGUAACCGCCAUGAACGGGAUCCGCGAGAUUGGGAUUUUGUCAGAUAGGCAUAUUGAGAAGCCGGCUUUUUUGCCUCCUGGUGGAAAGACGACGGAUCUUUUGGGUGUGCUGGGGAUGACGGGACUGACGGCGUAUUUUGGUAUGAUGAAGAUUGGGAAUGUGAAGAAGGGGGAUACGGUGGUUGUGAGCGCGGCGGCGGGAGCGACGGGGUCGGUGGCGGUGCAGAUUGCGAAGAUUCAGGGCGCCAAGAGGGUGAUUGGGACGGCGGGCAAUGAUGAGAAGUGUAGGUGGUUGGUGGAGGAGGGGGGCGUGGAUGUGGCGCUUAAUUAUAAGGAUCCGGAGUUUAGGAGGAAGUUUAAGGAGGCGACGCCGGAUUUUGUGGAUGUUUAUUUUGAUAAUGUCGGCGGUGAGCAACUUGAUAUGGCGCUGGCUCGCGCCACCAGGGGCGCUCGGUUCGUCAUGUGCGGUGGUAUCAGCCAGUACAACGCCGAGCACAAGCAAGGGCCAAAGAACAUCGCGAACGUCAUCACCAUGAGAAUCAGAAUGGAAGGCUUCGUCGUCUUCGACUACAAAGAUGAGUACCCAACCGCUCUCGGUCAGCUCGCCCAGUGGCUGGCCGAAGGUAAGCUGAAGAGAAAGGAGACCAUCCUCAAGGGAGGCGUCAGAGUUGCGGAUGAAGGCAUGGUCAAGCUUUAUAAGGGUGAUAACAUUGGUAAAAUGUUGGUCGAGGUCAAGAACCCCGACGAGGAGCGACAAGCGAAGCUCUAGAUUGUGAGCUAGAUGGCGGCGUGUUCGGUUGUAAAACUAUGACAUGAAAAGUACAGGCGGAGGGCAUCUAAACGGCCAAGUGUUCUUUUUCCAUCUUGCAUCAAGAGAGAAGUGUCAACC